AUGCAAAAGAAAGAAAGAUACUUCAUAACUCAUUCGGUCAAAGUCAUAUCAUUACCCUGUGCACACAUUAAUAAAGUGACGAAGGGAGGUGUGAUAAGAGACGGUGAAAGUGAUAAAUUACUUCAGUUGGGGAUGGAUAUGGAAAACUGUCAGAUUAACUUGACUCAGUUGGGUUGCGAAUCUGAAAUCAAUGCACAAAGUAACCUCGAGAAGAUUGUUUCGCGGUUACCUAGAUUCUUACAAGCAGAAUGGGCAAAAGAGGCUUUCGCUAUAUUGGAAAAAGGGAAAGUGCCCACCUUUUUGAAUCUCACAAGUUUCAUCAUUGCAAAAGCGAACUUGGCUAGUAGUGCAUUCGGUCAAUUAAUCGGUUCCAAACCACAAGAAGAUUGCCAGCCGCAGAAAUUCAGAGGUAGAAAACCACAAGGGUCAUCCUAUGCAACUCAGGGCAAUUCGAACAUUGCAAGUUGUUACUACUGUAAGAAAGUUGGUCACUUGUUGGAGAAGUGCUACUCUUUUAGGAGUCAAAAUUUUGAGUCUCUGAAGGAAUUUAUGCUAAAGGAAAAGCUUUGUAACAUUUGUUUCGAUAAAGGACAUUUUGCAAAGCAAUGUAGAAGACAAGACAAUUGUAUGGUAGCUGAAUGUGGUCAACGCCAUCAUAGCAUCCAUUGGGAAAGGAAUCAAGGACGAGCCUUAAAAGAAGGUAAAUGA